UGUUCCCAUUCCAUGCUUGAUAGGAGUAAAUUUCACCUCUCUCUUCAUGAAAGUGAAAAUUGGGUAGUGCAGUAAUCCAGGCAUGAAAAGAUCAAAAUGCAUUAACUUUCACAUUUAAUGCCUCCACCUACAUUUUGCCCAUAUUCAGAAGUUGCAGCUUUGUCACAUUUAUUGCACCUUUCUCCUUCAAUCUCUGUUCUUCCCCUGCAACAACAUUGCAAACACCUUCCACAAUCCAUCAUCUAUCUCCAUUUUAAGCCCCUUUUCAAGCACUUCCCAUCUCCAUAAUCAAACCAACCAUGAAGCCAAAAUGGUGCAAGAGUUUCUGCUUACUUUUACUGAAUGUGGUUGUUGAUUUAGCAAGUUGAAACCCUUUUCUUAGUUUUAGAAUAGCUGAAAACACUGGAUGGAGUUUGGUUUUUUCCCCUGGUAAGUUUACUUCUCUUCCAAACAAGGAACAAUAGUGGAUUUUUCUGCUGUAAGAAUCCAAAGUGGGCUGAAGAUCCAGUGAAAUUUCUUGCUAUUUGUGUUGAUGUUUGUUGAGAAACCCAGAAUGAAGAUUCUGAUCCACCACUUUCUCUUCUGGGCCUUUUCUUCUGCAUUGCUAGUAAUCCAUGCAAAUUGUGAGAAACCUUGAGGUAGCAUUGCUUUGGUUUGUUAGAUGAAGUUUGUUACACUUUCUCUUCUCUUUAAACUGCACUUUCACCUGUGUUUCUUGCUGAGUAGUCAAAAGGUGUAAGCCAGAAUCUUAUGUUGCCCAACCAACAUUAUUGGUAAAGAUUCUACCUUUGUCUAGAUGACAUAGUUUUUGGGAGGUUUUGCAUCAUGGGGUUCUCAGCAAAACAAUUCUUAUCUGAGCUUGUGGUGUUUUCAUACUUAUGGUUCCCAGUUUCAAGCCUUGGUUCCAUGUCUUCAAUUGCUGUCUCUUAUGGGGAUAAAGGUUCAGCCUUUUGUGGUUUGAAAUCAGAUGGGUCUCAUACUGUGGCCUGUAAUGGAUUCAACUCAGCCAUAAUUUAUGGAACACCACCCCAAUUUUCAUUCUUUGGUCUAACUGCUGGUGAUGGCUUUGUGUGUGGGCUUCUGAUGAGUUCAAGCCAACCCUAUUGCUGGGGUAGCACUAACUACAUAGGGAUGGGUGUGCCACAACCUAUGGUGAAGGGGGCUCAGUACCUAGAAAUCAGUGCUGGGGAUUAUCACCUCUGUGGGUUGAGGAAACCCUUGACAGGAAGACACAGGAACACUUCUUUUGUUGAUUGCUGGGGCUACAACAUGACCAAAAACUAUGUGUUUGAUGGGCAGAUUCAGUCAAUCUCAGCAGGUUCUGAGUUCAAUUGUGGCUUGUUUUCUCAAAACAGGACUGUGUUCUGCUGGGGAGAUGAGACUAGUAGCCAGAUUAUGAGUCUGAUGCCUCAAGACAUGAGAUUCCAGAAGCUCUCUGCCGGUGGAUAUCAUGUUUGUGGAAUCUUAGAAGGGGUGAAUUCUAGGGCUAUUUGUUGGGGGAGGAGCUUGGACAUGGAGGAGGAAAUUUCGUUGGUGCGGUCGGUGAAAGGACAAGGGAACAUUGAUGUUGCUCCAAAGGAUCCUUUGCUUUCUGUGGUGGGAGGAAAGUUUCAUGCUUGUGGUGUCAAGAGCUAUGAUCAUGGAGUGAUUUGCUGGGGGUAUAGUUUGAAAGCAAGCACCCCAGUUCCUAGUGGGAUUAAGGUGUUUGAGGUUGUUGCAGGGAACUAUUUCACCUGUGGAAUACUUGCUGAGGAAUCUCUUGAGCCUGUUUGUUGGGGUGUUGGCUUCCCCACCACUCUUCCUAUGGCAGUUUCGCCAAGAAUGUGCAGGUCCACUCCAUGUCCACCUGGUUACUAUGAAAUUGAACAAGACCAGCAAAAGGGUCUACUUUGCAAGUCCCCAGAUUCUCACAUUUGCAUGCCUUGCACUGGUGUUUGUCCUGAUGAAAUGUAUCAGAAAAGUGAAUGCAAUCUGAAAUUUGAUCGAGUUUGUGAAUAUAAUUGUUCUCUUUGUUCAUCACCUGAAUGCAAUUCCAACUGCUCCUCUUCCAAUUCCAAUGCUUCCACUGGGAAGAAAAAUGGUAGAUUCUGGGGUCUGCAGUUAACAGUGGUUAUUGCUGAGAUAGCUUUUGCAGUUUUGAUUGUUUGCAUUGCUUCCAUAACUGCAGUUUUGUAUGUUAGAUACAAGCUAAGAGGUUGUGAGUGUUCAGCAACAAGGUCAAAUGUGAAGAAGCUAAAUAGAAGCUCUUCACACCAAAGGGAGAACAGUAAGAUCCGCCCUGACAUGGAGGAGUUCAAGAUUAGAAGGGCUCAGAUGUUCCCGUAUGAAGAGCUUGAAAGUGCAACUGCUGGAUUCAAAGAAGAAUCAAUUGUAGGGAAAGGAAGCUUUUCUUGUGUGUUCAAGGGGGUUCUCAAAGAUGGCACUGUUGUUGCUGUGAAAAGGGCUAUAAUGUCUCCCAACAUGCAGAAAAACUCUAAAGAGUUUCACACUGAGCUUGACUUGCUCUCAAGGCUGAACCAUGCUCAUUUGCUCAACCUUCUAGGCUACUGUGAGGAUGGUGGAGAGAGGCUUCUUGUGUAUGAGUACAUGGCUCAUGGUUCUUUGCAUCAGCAUUUGCAUAGCCCUAACAAAGAGCUGAGAGAGCAGUUAGAUUGGGUGAGAAGGGUCACAAUUGCGGUCCAAGCAGCGCGAGGAAUAGAGUAUUUGCACGGCUAUGCUUGUCCACCAGUGAUUCAUAGAGACAUCAAAUCCUCAAACAUACUCAUUGAUGAAGAACACAAUGCUAGAGUUGCUGAUUUUGGUUUGUCUUUGCUUGGUCCUGCAGAUAGUAGCUCCCCUUUGGCUGAGUUGCCAGCUGGGACUCUUGGUUAUCUUGAUCCUGAGUACUACAGGCUUCACUAUCUUACAACAAAAUCUGAUGUUUAUAGCUUUGGUGUUCUGCUUUUGGAGAUUCUUAGUGGAAGAAAAGCAAUUGACAUGCAAUAUGAAGAAGGGAACAUAGUUCAAUGGGCAGUGCCUCUGAUCAAAUCAGGAGAUAUAGCCACGAUCCUCGACCCGGUUCUGAAACCUCCUUCUGAUCUCGAUGCCUUGAAAAGGAUUGCUAAUGUGGCUUGUAAGAGUGUGAGGAUGAGAGGGAAAGAUAGGCCUUCAAUGGACAAAGUGACAACAGCUUUGGAGAGAGCUCUUGCUCAGUUAAUGGGAAGUCCUUGCAUCGAGCAACCGAUUUUGCCGACUGAGGUGGUUUUAGGAAGUAAUAGAAUGCAUAAGAAAUCAUCUCAGAGGUCUUCAAAUAGAUCAGCUUCAGAAACUGAUGUCGCAGAAAAUGAGGAUCAGAGGUUUGUUGAGUUUAGAGCACCUUCAUGGAUAACUUUCCCCAGUGUCACUUCUUCUCAGAGAAGAAAGUCUUCAGGCUCAGAGGCUGAGGUUGAUGGGAAAAAUAAUUCAGAGGUGAGGAACUUUGGUGGCGGUAAUGUUGGUGGUGGUGGUGAUGUUUUGAGAAGCCUUGAAGAAGAGAUUGGUCCUGCUUCUCCUCAAGAGAGACUGUUCUUGCAACACAACUUCUAACCUCGUGAAACUAAUAGUAUGUUUGGAUCGGUUUCUCUUUUUCUCAGAACCAUUUCUAGCUCCCAGAAGCUACUCACGAAAGGUUCUUUCCUGAAUUGAUUUUGACUUCGGUUGUUUGUGGGUUCCAAAUGUGGUGUAAAAUUGUGAGUUAGUGUUCUUCACCAGAUGAUGCUACUGUCUAUGUUAUUACUAGUACAUGUAAUUUUUUGUUUUGUUUUGUUUAAUUGAGUUUCAUGAUGAGUGCAACUCUGACAUUAUUUAGUUUCUAUCUCCUGAGAACUGUGAUUUAGAAUCUUAUUAGUGGAACGGUUUCAUUCUUUGAUGCAUCUACACUUUGGAUGUAAUGUAACAAUCAUCUCAUUUUAUUGAUUGUAAAGCCUAUCAUCUGUGUUCAA